GAGAGAGAGAGAGAGAGAGAGAGAGAAAUAGAAAAAAAAACAACCAACAUUUCCCUCCUACUCUGAACCUCUCACCAGCAGCAUCCCGGUUCGUCCCGUUCAUUCCGACCCGGUUCGGUUCGGUUCGGUUCAGUUCGGCGGCGUCCUUUGGGAUUGUUUCUAUUAUUCGGAUUUUGAAGAGACUCAUCGGAAGGAAAGGCAGAAACGCUGCGGCUCGGAUGAUGAUGAUGAUGAUGUCUCCGGGAGCCUGAGGAGGACGAAAAUAAAAAUAAACUCAAAAAUCUCAACAACUUGCAAGAAAACGCGUCACAUUAAGGUGCUGUGUGGGGUUCUGGCCCGUUCUGGGCUCACGGUGCUGUAACCCGAGUCGGACCUGCGGCCCGGUCACCCCGAGAGGACGAGAGGAUUUAACUGGAGGAAGGAACGAGAGAGAAAAGCCAAGAGCGUGAGAGGAAGAGGCGGGUCUCGACGCCAGCAUGGCUCUGACCGACAAACACAAAGUAAAGAGACAGCGACUGGACCGAAUCUGUGAGGGUAUCAGGCCUCAGAUCUUAAACGGCCCCAUGCACCCACGUCCAUUGGUGGCACUGUUGGAUGGACGAGAUUGCACUGUAGAGAUGCCCAUCCUCAAAGACCUGGCAACCGUGGCCUUCUGCGACGCUCAGUCCACACAGGAGAUCCACGAGAAGGUGCUGAAUGAGGCAGUCGGUGCCAUGAUGUACCACACAAUCACUCUGACCCGCGAAGACCUGGAGAAGUUUAAAGCUCUACGCAUCAUCAUCCGCAUCGGCAGCGGAUACGACAACAUCGACAUCAAAGCCGCAGGGGAGCUGGGCAUUGCUGUGUGUAACAUUCCAUCAGCAGCAGUGGAGGAGACGGCGGACUCGACCAUGUGCCACAUCCUAAACCUGUACAGGAGAAACACGUGGCUGUACCAGGCUCUCCGUGAGGGCACGCGGGUCCAGAGCGUGGAGCAGAUCAGAGAGGUGGCGUCAGGAGCGGCGCGAAUCCGUGGAGAAACCCUCGGCCUCAUCGGCUUCGGGCGUUCGGGGCAGGCGGUAGCGGUCCGGGCGAAGGUGUUUGGCUUCAGCGUGAUAUUUUAUGACCCGUACCUGCAGGACGGUCUGGAGCGAGCACUGGGUGUGCAGAGAGUGUACACACUACAGGACCUGCUGUACCAGAGCGACUGUGUGUCUCUACACUGCAACCUGAACGAACACAACCACCAUCUGAUCAACGACUUCACCAUCAAACAGAUGCGUCAGGGGGCGUUCCUGGUGAACACGGCUCGAGGUGGGCUGGUGGAUGAAAAGUCUCUGGCUCACGCUCUGAAGGAGGGAAGGAUACGAGGAGCGGCGCUGGACGUCCAUGAGAACGAACCCUUCAGUUUCGCACAGGGACCUCUGAAGGAUGCUCCGAAUCUGAUCUGCACUCCACACACAGCGUGGUACAGUGAACAGGCCUCGCUGGAGAUGAGGGAGGCGGCGGCUACGGAGAUACGCCGAGCUAUUACAGGUCGGAUCCCAGACAGUCUCAGGAACUGUGUGAAUAAGGAGUUCUUCAUCACCACUUCAGCCUGGGGUGUGAUGGAGCAGCAGACUGUACAUCCUGAGCUUAAUGGCGCUGCCUACAGGUUCCCGCCGGGUAUUGUUGGCGUGGCGCCAGGGGGCAUUGCCGCGGCGAUGGAGGGCAUAGUGCCGGGCGGCGUGCCUGUAACACACUCUCUACCAUCAGUCACACACCCGUCACAGGCGCCGUCUCCAAACCAGCCGUCCAAACAUGGAGAGAGCAGAGAACAUCUGACUGAGCAAUAGCAACACACACACACACACACACACUUGUAGCACAAGCUCUUGGAAACGCAUACAUUAACACAUUAAUAAACACACACACAUACACACACACACACACAAUAACUCUCAGCAUGGCAGCCUGUAUCUAAGCGUCUUUCCAACGAACCCACUCGCCUUCCGGGACCAACACACUCACACACUCACACACACACACACACACACACGUUGCAGCUCUUGGGACAUUAAAACUUUAUACUCUUUUUCAUUUUUUUCAUUGUUUUUUCAUUUUUUUUCUUCCCCUUUUUGGGAAAAACGGACGAAGCUCUAAUACGAUGAAGCCCCUCCCACCUCCAUGUGUGUCAUUGGAUGAUGCACUUUUCUCAUCCACCAAUAGGAAAGCUCAACACGAUGCGCAUACCGGACCAUGGCGCCUCCAUCCGCAGACCCUGCCCACCUUUUUGUUGUUGAUGUUGGUUGUUUUAGGCUCUUAGCUGUAUUUUCAUUUCCUUUAUCUUCAGCGUGAGAGAAUAUUAACUCGAGGAAGUGGUUAUUAAAUAUAGCUAUAAAUAUAUUUAUCAGACAGAAAGAAACGAGCAAUUGCCCACCAGCAGGUGAUCCACGUUAACCCUUUCCUGGCCACGCCCACUCACCAGACGCCGAGAACGUCAACAAAUGUCUGCCGAAUGACGCUAACAUCAGACAAACCGGUGGUUUCCUGAUUGUCCUGUUUCGACUCUGAAGGCAGCUGCUUCCCGAAACUCUUUACUUUGGAUAAAUUUGAAGCAAUCUCUCAUUCAGGUUUCACCAAACAUCUCGGAAUAAACUCUCGCUAACGUUCACGUAGAGUCAGAAUCUAGCUAAGAUCAUGGGACAUCACAGGAAACGUUUUUUGCUAGCUACUAACUUGCUAGCCACCGAGCCAGCCUUUCUAGCUUAUCGCUACUACGAAGCUGUAAGUACCAUAGCUACGUCGGGAUCCAUCCUCAGGUAAAAGAAUAAACUAGCGCCUAACUAGUUAGCAGCGUGCUAACCACUCUGCUGUAGGAUGACACUUAAGGGCUUCACAAACAUGACGCGGUUAUUUGGUUAAAAUGUUUUUAUGGAGAAAAAGAAACGCUUUUUCCUGCGACGUAACUAUAAACAGACAAAAAUACGCCAUGCUAAUCAGAGAGUAAUUACCGUUAGUGUUACCUCUGCUACUAUGAGGUGGAUUUGCAAUUUCAAUUUUUAUUCUUUAAAAAAACGUCGCCUUGUACUUUUUAUCAGUUUAUAGCUACGUUUAAUGUCGUUUAAAUGAGCUGUUUACUUUGUAGCAGCUAUAAACGCUCGUUUCUUCGCACCCGCCUCACGUUUUUGUCUCUUGACGUUAAGAUAAGAAAAAAAACGAAGCAUUUAUCUCUCCGCAGGAUAGAGAGACAGAAACCUCUUUAUUUACCUGCGGUGUUUUUUCAAAUCUGUCCAAAAUAAAGGAAGACGGACGCUUUCUGAAAGAAACAGACGAAAGAAACAAAGAAAAGAAACAGACAUAGGAAACAAGAUGAGAAAAAGAUUUAAGAAACGGACGAAAAUCAGACGAAAGAAAAAGACAAAGGAUACAGAUGAAAAUCAGACGAAAGAGACAGACAAAAGAAACAGAUGUAAGAAACAGACAAAAAUCAGAUGAAAAAAACAAACUAAACACACAAACGAAAGACAGACGAAAAACAGAGGAAAAAAGAAACAGACAAAACAAGACGUAAAACAGAUGAAAGAAACAAAUGAAAGACACAGAUGUAAAACAGAUGAAAGAAACAAACAUAAAAACAAGACGAAAGAAACAGAUGGGAUACAGACGAAAGAAACAGACAAAAAACGUCACAAGAAGCGAUAAACAUCAGAGACGAUCACAAUCGUUGCACUCUCGGAUACCAGACACACACCUGCGGGCGUUCAGGACGUGGAAAUGUCCGUUCUCGUCCCCGGAGUCGUUCAGACGGAGACUCCUCCAUCCUUUCGUUCACCUGCUACGCCUCUCCAGAUCUCGGCUGGAACAGGAAAAGGGUUAAAGCAUCAACUUCAUUCCACAAUGACUCAGGAAAACGAAGACACUCACUUUUUGUUUGGAUUUUUUUUUCGGUUUUUGUGUUUGUGAGGAAAAGAAAAGAUUUAAAAAAUGUUAAAAAAAAAAAAUCCCAUGAUGGAAGAGUUGAAGGAAUGAAUUGCGCUAGUCGUUUUCCUCUCUCCCUUCUUUCCUCUUUCCUUUUCUCUUGUGGUAUUUUUUUAUAAAAUCCAACAUCCCAUGUUUUCUGGUGUUUAAAAAAAUAAUGAGAAUAUAUAUAUAUAUUAAAAAAAAAAAAAAGUUUUGGAGUCCUGAUAGAUUUGUAAUGCCUAGUUCAGUGUUCCUAGAACCCUAGUCUGAUGUGAUCUCUCUCUCUCUCUCUCUCUCUCUCUCUCGUUUUGUGUUGCGGAUGAAUGCAAGCCGUCCCAUUCCGAGGCACAGCAAUAGAACGACACUAGCAGAAGAACACCGUUCAGCCAGCACUAUGAUUUUAUUUCGUUUUGGGGUUUUGUUUGUUUGUUUGUUUUUUGUUUGUUUAUUUUUUUGUUUUUGUUUGGUUUUUAGCGUGAGUAUUUGUAUUUGUUUCUUGUACAAGGUGAACAUUUAGCAGUCGGUGCAGUUCCAAUAAAAGAUUUCACUGAGUUCUGA